AUGGAAUUGCAUCAUCAACGCAAAAGGGUCGUCCGCAUCUCAACAGGCAGCAAGCAGUUCGACUCCAUCCUCGGCGGCGGCUUCCAAAGCAUGAGCAUAAGUGAAGUCUUCGGUGAAUUCCGCUGUGGCAAAACCCAACUAUCACACACAAUGUCUGUAAUCGCUCAGCUACCCACCGAACUAGGCGGGGCAAAUGGGAAAGUCGCCUACAUCGACACGGAGGGUACAUUCCGCCCAGAGCGCAUUGCCCAGAUUGCAGAGCGGUACGGCGUCGAUCCAGAAGCCACGCAGGAGAAUAUUGCCUACGCCCGCGCACUGAAUAGUGAGCAUCAACUUGAGCUUCUGAAUACGCUUAGUCGAGAGUUUUCUGGUGGGGCUUUUCGCUUGCUUGUUAUUGAUAGUAUCAUGAAUUGCUUCCGGGUCGAUUAUUGCGGGCGUGGGGAGCUGGCGGAUCGGCAGCAGAAGUUGAAUCAAUUUCUGAUGAAGCUUGCUCAUAUGGCUGAAGAGUUCAAUGUCUGUGUCUUGAUGACAAACCAAGUUCAGAGUGACCCCGGUGCUAGUUCUCUCUUUGCUGGUGCCGAUGGUCGCAAACCUGUCGGUGGACAUGUUCUUGCUCAUGCUUCGACUACUCGCGUGCUUCUUCGGAAAGGUCGUGGCGAGGAGCGAGUUGCGAAGAUCCAGGACUCUCCCGACUGCCCUGAGCGCGAAGCAGUUUAUAUCAUUACAAACGGUGGUAUCAAUGACCCUGACAAGGCUUGA